GCUUCUUCUUUUUCCAUGAUAACAGCAUCAAUUUGUUUAUCAUCAAGCUUGAUUUUGACUCCUGUGACGCUGAAGAAUUUGUCAAUCGGGAACUUAUAGAUAACUUCAAUUGGAGAUUUCUGAUCGUUCUCAAACGUCUGGGUGUAGUCGAUGUUUGCAGUCGAGUUGAAAACUCUUGUAUCGAGGUGAGACUUCUUUAAUGGAACUUCUUUAUUUUCAUUCGUUGUGUCAUAAAGUCCGCCAACAUUAUUGAUGUACCAGUUAGGCUUUCUAGGUUUUCUUCAUCUACAACAAGAUCUUCCACUGAAGAUCUUCUGGUAAUUAGCUACAGGAAGGUUAUCGCCAGACACAGAGAGAGUCUCUGCCUCGACCUCCUUUCUUGUUGAUAAUUUCUUUGGUUUUUGGACUUCUUCAGAUUUACAUCAAAACAUCUGUAUUUACUUAAUUAAUGAUUAAAAUUUUUGGCUUAUAUAGUCGCCUAAAAAUUUCAUUCUGGUCGAAAAGUUGGUUGAUCUUUGAGCAAUUUCCGAGGAAUGACAAAGGCACUACUGAGGAAAGGGAGAAAGUAGCAAUGUAAGCUAAUCUCACUUGCAGAUUUUCAUGCAACCACCAUGCAAC